AGUAACGCUGUCAUGGCCCCGUUCAGGGAGGUUUUGUGUUGGGAGAGACACGUAAAGCUACCUUUUGAUUGUACACGGUUACUAAUGGACAUCAGCUGUUGAAUUCAGGAUGAAUGACAUGAACCUGAGUCCUGUGGGCAUGGACCAGCUCAGUGUGCCCUCUGUGAGUGCCAGCCACCUGGGUCUGCCCACCUCCCCCACUCACAACCCCAUUCCCACUCCAGGCAUGCCAGUGGCCAUCCCCAGUCUGGGCCCUUCCCUUGGUUCCCUCCCCUCUGCCUUAUCGCUGAUGCUCCCCAUGGGUCCGCUGAGUGACAGAGGAGUGAUGUGCGGCCUGCCGGAAAGGAAUUACUCCUUGCCGCCUCCUCCGUACCCCCACCUGGAGAGCAGUUAUUUCCGACACAUACUGCCAGGUAUUCUGUCCUACCUGGCAGACCGUCCACCACCUCAGUACAUUCAUCCCAGCAGCCUUAACAUGGAUGGGACCUUGUCUGUUGCCAGCAACAACCCCUCAGGUCUGGACCCCUACAGUGGCCCUGGAGGCCCACUGGAGCAGGGCCUGGUGCCCAUGGACUCCAGACAGGUCAGCGGCCAGGGUGACCUCCACCAGACUGGCGCUCAUGAGCUGGACUCUACAGGGUUGGCGAUGGAGUCACGCGUCAGCAGCCCCAUGUCCCCGGACCGCAUGGGAGAGGAGCUGGCCACUAUGGAUGGAGUUGGGGUGGUGGCGGUGUCUGACACCCAGCAGCAGCUUGGCGGGGGAAGGCAGCCUCAGCCUCACGAGGGCCUGGACUCUUCUGGUGGUGUGAUGCCCCUCCAUGGACCUCCUGUGCUGGAGCUACCAGUGGUGAUGGAACCUGAUCACAUGGGGGGACGAGUGGGAAACUCUGGGGCAGGAGGAGCUGGAGGACUUGGGGAACAGCUCCACUCAAACGGGGAGCUAAACUCGGGUGUUGUGAGCGUGGUGCUCACCGGCUCCAUGGCCAGCCAGAGCCAGCUGGAGCCAGUGUCCCUGCAUGGACACUCUGGGAUGGGGCUGGAGGCGGUUAACGUGUCCCCCAUCACUGCAGAAGUGUCGCUGGGGCCAGAAAACAACCUGGUGCUGGUCAACUCCACCCUACAGCUGGAGGAUUCUACUUCCAACAAGGAGAACCUGGUGUCUGCUUACACCAUGUGGUGCACACUAUGUGAACGCUCAUAUACCUCAGACUGUCCGGAACACGGCCCGGUCACCUUCAUCCCUGAUGCUCCCAUCCAGAGCCGAGCUCGCCUCUCUCUUCCACGUCCACUGUGCCUGCGCAUCUCAGUGGCUGACGAACCUCUUGGAGUCUUUGCACGGGACGUCAUUCCUCCGAGGACCUGCUUUGGACCAAUAGUUGGCCAGCAUUGUAGCAGUGUGGAUCUCUCUGAUUGGCUAGAAAAGGACACACCUCAAAUAUGGAAGAUGUACCACAACAAUGUGCUGGAGUUCUACAUUGUGACGACAGAUGAGAACGAAUGCAACUGGAUGAUGUUUGUCCGCAAGGCGAGGACCCGCGAAGAGCAGAAUCUGGUGGCGUAUCCUGCCAAUGGUAAACUGUUCUUCUGUACAACCACAGAGAUCCACCCGGACCAGGAGCUGCUCUUCUACUACAGCAGAGACUACUGCAGGCUGAUGGGUGUUCCUCAGGUGCCUGAGGGUGAAAUCUGCCAAUGUGGCAAAGAGUGCUCCUCCUUCUCUGAGCUCAAGUCUCAUCUUAGCAACCAUAACGGUAACCACAGCCAUAACCAGCCUCCACACAGCCACAGCCCGUCGCAGCAGGACCACUCGCAGCAACAACCACCACCUCCACAGCAGCAGCAGCAGCAGCAACAAGAGCAGCAGCCACAGCAACACACUCACCAGGAAGAGAAGCUGACCAACGGAACCUCAAGCUCGUCCUCUUCCCCGUGGCCCUGCCACAACCACCCCACGGGGCAAACAAACAGCGACAACAGCAGCGGGGGCAGCAGUAGUAGAAACUCUAACAACCCCAGAGCAAAAGGCCAGGGUCAUGUGCGGGAGAAGAAAUUCAAGUGCAGCAUGUGUUCCCGGGCUUUCAUAACUUCCACUAAGCUCAAUGUGCACUUCAUGGGGCACGUAGGAAUGAAACCACACAAGUGUGAAUACUGCAGCAAGGCCUUCAGCGAUCCCAGCAACCUCAGGAUGCACCUCAAGAUUCACACAGGUCAGAAGAACUACAGAUGCACCGUUUGCGAGAAAUCGUUCACCCAGAAAUCCCACGUGGCGUCACACAUGCUCAUCCACACCGGUGCAGAGAAGCUCAAGUGCGACCUUUGCGACCGAACCUUCAUCAGGAAACAUGACCUGAAACAGCACAUGUUCUCUCACACGCACGAACGCCGGAUUCAGUGCCCCAAGUGCAACAAACACUUCCUCAAGACCAACCACCUGAAGAAGCACAUGAACUCUCACGAGGGCCGAAGAGACUUUGUCUGCGAGAAGUGCCACAAAGCGUUCCUCACCAAAUACCACCUCACGCGUCACCUGAAGAUCUGCAAAGGGCCCAAGAUGGAAAGAGUGUCCCGUAAGGAGCAGGACGUCGACGAGGAGGAAGACGAUGAGGAGGAUGACGACGGCAGAAGAGGAGGAGAGAGGCUCGUUGACUCAGCAAAUAGCGAGGACUGUGGUUUGGAUGUUGGAGGAUAUAACUCUGAGAAGUCCCUGUCACCCCCUCAUUGACAACACUGUGCCUCUUGAGAUGUUUUAUUUAUUUACUACAGUACCAAUGUUUACCUCUCUUUUUUUUUUUUUUGCCAAAUACUAGUUACUUUGUUAAAAUAUAACUGACAUUUGUCAAAAUUAAUACAAUUUAACUGCCACAUUUUGCAUUAUAAAAAUGUUAAAAACGUGUUUAGCCUCUCACAAGCAUAUCGCUGCUGCUAAAAUAACACUGGGUUACAAAAAGUAUUUUGUUGAAGGUGUCUGACUGAUUUAACUGAUUUAGGACAUUUUUGCAACGCUGAAUCCAAAAAUGACAUCUGCUUUUCUGUGUCAGGUCACGUUUUUAUGCCAACUCGAUUUUGAAAAAAUCGAUUUUGCCACUAAGUUGAUCAAAUUUUUUGACAUUAGCGAUUGAUUUAUUUUAGUAUUUCUCAUAUGAAAUCGGAUUUUAGAGGAAAAAUUUCAUUUUCUAAUCCUUUUCAUAAGCUAAAUGAUCCACAAGUUGAUGAGCGUAAACAUUUAUAAAGCUAAAUACAAGUACAUUGCAUUUUUCAUCAGCAUUGCUCAAAAUUCAGGGCUUGAACUUGCACUUCUUGGAGCUCCUGGAAUGAUCAGCAGCAGGUUUAUCUCUCUUCAGAGUCCAGCAGUAAUCAGCCAUCACGACUGCAUCCCAGCGUCCCUGAUGCCUGGUCUCCAUCUCUUUCUGAUAAAAUCACGUGACUCUAAUGUGUUGUUCAUAAACCAGGGGGUAAACUUUUUAUCUACAUUUAAUUCACCUACAAAUAUUUACAGUAUCAACUUGAAAAGGUUUCAGAAUUUGUUCAUUUCAGGAAAUAGAAAAAGAAUAUUGUACGAUACAAAGCAUAGAUACCCGCACAUGUACACAAAAUGUAAAAAACAAAAGUGCAUGUGGCGACAAAUCAAACUUUUGACCUCAUUGAGCAAAACCAAUGUAAUAUUUGGAUUCGGCACACUGCAGUUGUCCAAAAUCAGCUCAAAAAACUUUGACACCAAAAUGGGUGUAGACCAGUGUAAUCUUUGUCACAUUAGAAGCCAGCUGAUAAAGAUUUGAACAUACUUCUUUCAAGUUAUUUUCUCUUCAUUAACUCAGGCCUCUGUGAUAUUAACGGUUUUAGUGGGUUCACAUAAGCUCUCAUUUACUGGUUGUUUUUCUUUAAUCCUAAUUCCUCAGUUCACUCAAUAACACAACUGAUACAGAUUAGUAAUUGCAGAAGAAUGUCAGUUCUAAAAUUCUGAUAUUCUUGUAUAUUCCUGCAUUUUUUUUAUAUUAUUCUUGAUUAUAUGUAGUUGCUAAAUGGGUUGUGCUAUUUUUCUUUAUUUAUUAAUUUUGUAUUCUCUUCCCUUUAUUUAAUUCUGUCGUGUGUGUGUGAAUGGAAGCGAGCCUUUUGAAAUCAAGUAUCUGGGCAUUAAUGUGACAAUAUCCCACCUGGUGUGAGUGUUGACUGAAUGUUACAAUCAUGUUAUAGCUCCAUCUUAUCCGUUGCACAUUUUAAUAAAUGGAUAUUUACAGCUGUUA